GGCUCAUUCUAAGUUGACCAAUAUUUUGAUAUUGACCCUUCCCCAGUAAUUUCUAUAUUCCUCCGGCAAAAUUUGGUAUUGUGUAGCUGUCAAGUGUCAACAUUAGAGUUGCAAAUUAUUUAGAUGUUGUCAAUGCUUAUCUUGCAUUUAAAAAUAUUGAAGUUCUCAUUGCAUUUUAUUUCAUAAAUUCGAACAUGGCUUCCAUUGAUCAGUGUGAUAUGGUAAAUGGUCUCUCAAACGAAAGAAAGAAGAAAACGACUCAAGGCAAAUGGGUAAUCAGUAGAAGGAGAUCGUGCCAUGGUCCUAAACCAGUGACGAAAUUUGGACCUAAAGCUAAAUUGGUGGAUGAUCAAUCUGUAGAAGACUGCAGUAUCUUUUCUACUUGCGAUCCAUCGAGCAUGAUGCUUGGAUGGAAAAGUGAACCACGUCAAGUUUUGAUCAUCAAAAAACCUGGGGAUGAUGAUUACCUUAAUAGGUCAUUCACGCAGCUUGCUUAUUGGCUUGUACAGGAAAUGAAUUUUUUACUCUAUAUCGAACCGGCCACUCUUUCGGAAUCUGGCUUUGACAAUGAAGAGGAACAUGAAAACAUUCGUAGCAAAAUUAACAUUUGGGAACAAGAAGCCGAUGUUUCAUCGUUUUCAGACAGGGGACUUGAGGCGAGUAUCGACUUUAUCAUUACUCUGGGGGGUGAUGGCACAUUGUUAUAUGCUGCUUCAUUGUUUCAGCAUAGUUGCCCACCAGUGAUCGCCUAUCAUAUUGGUUCUCUUGGUUUCUUAACAUGUUUUAAAUUCCCAAAUUACAAGCAGGAUCUGAAGUCUGUUGUGAACGGCAAUGGCAAACUUAUUCUCCGAAAAAGAUUGGAGUGCACAUUAAUGUUAAAAACUGACAACGACUGUAAACUUGACGAUAAUAAAAUGAUCAAGUCUUAUACGGUACUGAAUGAAUUGCUUAUUGAUCGUGGCAGUGCUCAAACCUUGUCUAAUCUUGACGUUUACCUAAAUGAUCGAUUGAUUACAACAGUUCAGGGAGACGGUUUAAUUGUAUCUACUCCAACUGGAAGCACGGCGUACGCUGCAGCUGCUGGCGGCUCCAUGGUACACCCUAGUGUUCCCGGUAUCCUUCUUACCCCCGUGUGUCCUCAUUCGUUAUCAUCACGGCCAGUCAUUGUUCCUUCUGGUGUAGAGCUUAAGAUCAUAUUGUCUCAAGAAAGUCGCUGCGGGGCCUUUGCAUCUUUCGAUGGUCGAAACAGAUAUGAACUACGCAGGGGAGAUGGAAUCCGGGUUAUGACAUCAGUUUAUCCCGUACCAUGCCUCACGCAAGAUGACCAAAUUACCGAUUGGUUUACGAGCCUUGGCGAAUGCUUGCAUUGGAAUGUUCGUCAGAAACAGAAACCGUUGUGAAGAGUCACUUCGUGGACUCUCGCGAGAAUCGAUCCGGUCCAGUCCUUUGGCAAUUUCAAUUUUUGCUGUGUGUUCAGAAAUCAAAUGAAAGUAAUAAGAAGUCUACUCCAUCAUCUUAUCCGAACGCUUUAAUUCAAUAAAUAUAUUGCAAUUCCAAUUUUCAUUGAACUGUUGAUUUUUCAACUCUAAACUUAACCACUCGUUUUACAUUUAAUAGUUCUAAAAUUUUCAUGAUAGCAUACAAAUGUAUUGAUUGCAAAGUCUGGAUCGGGUAAUUCAAUCUGUUCUCCAAUGCAUAUGAUGAAUCGUACAUUCAUUUUAUUCUUGGUGAUUGACUUCCGUAUUUUUAAUUGAACAAUGAAUGAUGACUUGAUUCUCAGAUGAUGUACCAAAGUACACAUCGAUUUGCUAAAAUUUUGUAUUUCAUUUGUGUCUUCUAAUUUAUUUCUGUCGACUUACAAUUUCUCAUUUAGAUAGACGAAGCAUUUUGACAGACUUUGCUUCUUCGUCAUAAUAACUUGCUAAUUAUUUUGAACUUCACAAUGUGAAAUUAAUUGUACUGUAAAUAGCUUAGAUUCGUAAUUAAUUGAUUAAUGGCUUCGUAGAUUCGUAAUUAAUUGAUUAAUAGUACCGUAGAUUCGUAAUUAGUUAACUUUGUAUGAUAUCGAAGGACGUAGAAAGAUCUGUAAUUUGGAGGAGCGGGGGGUUAAUAUUCAUACAUGCUCUAGAUGCCAUGUUGUUUUUUAUUUUUUGUUACUUGCACAUAAUAGUAUGUCUCUCCCUCCCCACCCCAAAUAUUAAGCUUUCCACGUCCAUGAUGAAUACAACAUAUGCAUUUGUAAUUCUUCACUCAUCACAGAAAUAAACCAAAUGAGAUAAUGAGAUAA